GGCAGACGCACAGCAGAUCAGCAGCGCCUCCCUCUGCGGCUCUGCCUCUUGCCAAAGCCCCCCACAGAAUUCUUCUCCCUCCCCGUCUCCUCUCGCGCUCGCGCGUGGUGAGGUGAGGUGGAGUUCCGACCCCGAGGCCGCAAUGGCGACAGCGGAGGUGGUGGUGGCCAACGGCUCGGGCGGCGCCGACACCAAGACCGCGUUUAAGGAGAUAUACAGCAAGCUCAAGCAGGAGAUGCUCGAGGACCCCGCCUUCGAAUUCACUGACGAGUCGCUCCAGUGGAUCGACCGCAUGUUGGAUUACAAUGUGCUUGGAGGAAAGUGCAAUCGUGGGCUAUCUGUUGUCGAUAGCUACAAGAUUUUGAAGGGUGUUGACGUUCUGAGCAAGGAGGAGACAUUUCUGGCCUGCACCCUUGGCUGGUGUAUUGAAUGGCUUCAAGCUUAUUUUCUUGUGCUUGAUGAUAUUAUGGACAACUCCCAGACACGGCGUGGCCAGCCUUGCUGGUUUAGAGUGCCACAGGUUGGUCUCAUUGCAGUAAAUGAUGGGAUUAUCCUUCGCAAUCAUAUCUCACGAAUCCUUCAACGCCACUUCAAAGGAAAGCCAUAUUAUGUUGAUAUCAUUGACUUGUUCAACGAGGUUGAGUUCAAGACAGCUUCAGGGCAAAUGUUGGAUCUUAUCACUACCCACGAGGGUGAAAAGGAUCUAACUAAAUAUAACUUGACAGUUCACCGCCGCAUCGUUCAGUACAAGACAGCUUAUUAUUCAUUCUACCUUCCUGUUGCAUGUGCAUUGCUGCUGGCUGGUGAGAACUUGGAAAACUUUGUUGAUGUAAAGAACAUUCUCGUUGAAAUGGGAACAUACUUUCAAGUUCAGGAUGACUAUCUAGAUUGUUUUGGUGAUCCUGAAUUCAUUGGCAAGAUCGGAACUGACAUUGAAGACUACAAAUGUUCCUGGCUAGUUGUGCAAGCUCUUGAGCGUGCUGCUGAGAACCAAAAGAGCAUUCUGUUUGAAAAUUACGGAAAGUCUGAUCCAGCGUGUGUUGCAAAGGUGAAGGACUUGUACAAAGAGCUUAAACUGGAGGAGGUUUUCCAUGAGUACGAGAGGGAGAGUUACAACAAGCUGAUUGCCGACAUCGAGGCCCAGCCGAGCAAGGCAGUCCAAACUGUUUUGAAGUCCUUCCUUCACAAGAUCUACAAGAGGGACAAGUAGACCCAGAUCGUCGACAAGCUGCUCCAUCGACGCUUGCAUCAAUCAAAUUACUAUACUUGAUUGAUGCGGACGAGUAAUUGUACUAUGUUGUUUUGUGUUUUCAUUCUCCUGUUGUACGGUACACCUUAAUACGGAGUAUAAUAAAGCACAGUGGUACUAGGGAUGC